AUGGGCUCGAUCGGCAACUCACAGCAACCCGAGCACGAUGUCCUCGUUAUCGGCGCUGGUCUUUCUGGCUGCUAUUCUCUUUACCGCAUGCGAGAGUUAGGUCUCAAAUCCAAAUGCAUUGAAGCCGGAACUGCAGUCGGAGGGACGUGGUACUGGAACAGAUAUCCUGGCGCGAGAUUCGAUUCAGAGUCCUACUCAUACGGCUUCUCCUGGUCACCCGAAGUCCUCGCGGAAUGGAACUGGACGGAGCACUUCGCCCCUCAAUACGAGACGGAAAAGUACCUCAACUUCAUCUGCGACAAGUUCAAUCUCCGCGAAGACAUACAAUUCAACACCCGCAUACAGUCCGCAAAGUUCCUUGAUGAUGAGCGCCGCAUGUGGGAGGUCACUGAUACAUCGGGCAAUGUCUACACCUCCCGCUUCCUCAUAACAGCCAUGGGUGUGCUAAGCAACCCUACCCUCCCCAACGUACCAGGGGUCUCCCACUACAAAGGCGAAGCCUUCCACACCGCUCGUUGGCCCAAAGACCACGUCAGCUUCGAAGGCAAGCGUGUCGGCAUCAUCGGUACAGGCGCCACCGCCAUCCAAGCCAUCCCCGAAAUCGCAAAAAACGUCGGCCACCUGACCGUCUUCCAACGAACACCUAACUGGGCCAUCCCUCUCCACAACGCGAAAAUUUCACCAGAGGAAAUGGCAGAUAUCCGCGCCGGCUACCCGGAAAUGUUCGAGAAGCUGCAGAAGACGCGGAUGUGUUUCAUCCAUGACUCAAAUCCGGACAGUAUCUGGGAAGCUAGCCCAGAGCAGCGAGAAGAGCUGUGGGAGCACUUGUAUGCGCAGCCGGGGUUUGGAAUGUGGUUGAGCAAUUACAAAGAGAUCCUUGUCGACCACAAGGCGAAUGACCUGGUCAGCGAGUUUGUCGCCAAGAAGAUCCGGCAGCGAGUCAAAGAUCCCGAGACAGCGGAGCUCCUGAUCCCCAAAAACCAUGGUUUCGGGACUAGGAGAGUGCCGAUGGAGACAUCUUACUACGAGGCGUAUAAUCGACCGAAUGUCAGACUGGUGGAUUUGCAUAGCACGCCCAUCGAGCGGAUUACUGAGAAGGGACUAAGGACUAAGAGCGUGAAAGAAGGGGUAGAAGGAGAGGAAUACGACUUUGAUAUGUUGAUCUAUGCGACUGGCUUCGAUGCCGUGACUGGAGCAUUCGACGCGAUUGAUUUCAUCGGGACGGAUGGGAAGAAAUUGAAGGAGAAGUGGGAGGAAGGGCCGAAGACGUAUUUGGGCAUGACGUUGAAGGCUAUGCCGAAUAUGUUCAUGGUGAGCCAUCUCCCCUCCACAACAGCCGACAAUUCGCUGGGGCUUACUGCUAAUAUCUGGUUGUAUCAGAUCAUGGGCCCCCACCAAGCCUACGGCAACAUCCCGCGCAGCAUCGAAUUCGCCGUCGACUGGGUCUCCAACUGCAUCGAGCACCUGCACAAAAAUGGCCUCACGCGCAUCGAAGCGAGAGAGGAGGGGGUGAAGCAGUGGACGGAGCAUGUGCAUCAGAUUUCCGAGGGGUUCUUGAGUAAUGAGAUCGACUCCUGGAUGACGGGCGUGAAUAAGAACGUUGCGGGCAGACAGAAGAGGAUUGUGGCGAGGUAUAACGGGAGCGCGGUGGAGUUUCGACAGCGGUGUCGUGAUGUUGCCGCGAGGGGGUAUGAUAGUUUCGAUCUGGCUUAA